CAAAGUCAAGAAGGCAGAAAAUGAAUAUGGGUGAUCACUGAUCAGACCUGACCGGAUAAGAGACAUAAUGGGUUGAGACUUGAGACUAACUCGACUAACCAAUAGAAUAUGAGUAUGAUAAUGAUAGUGAUUGAUCAUAUGAUUCUGGAUUAUCGAGUAUGAAGCUGAAAGCAGAGGAGACACUGUUGAGUGAAGUAAUCCACAAUUCCCAUUUCACAAUGACCGGCCCUCUUCUCCUCAGGCAAUUCCUGCUUCAUCACCGCCUUCUCUUCCGAAACUUCAACGGUCUCGCCGUCGGAGCGAUUCCUCCUCCGCCUCCUCGCCGCCUCUGCUGCUGCUCCACCGUCCCCUCCGAUCAGGCCGACGACAACGUUACCAGCACCAGCAGCAACCCUAGUUAUGUUUGGAAAGCUAAGGAAGCAUCAUCAUCGAUUAGUAGCUUCCAGGAUGACCCGGAGUUUCGGAAAUGGAAGGACAAAGAAGAAGAGAUUCUCAAGGACAUUCAGCCAAUUGUGUUGCUCACUAAGGACAUUCUCCAUUCUCGAAGGUACAUGGAUGGAGAGCAACUGAGUGCGGAGGACGAGAGAGCCGUUGUAGACAAUCUCCUUGCUUACCAUCCCCGCUCUGAAGAUAAGAUUGGUUGUGGCCUUGAAUCCAUCAUGGUUGAUCGUCAUCCUCAAUUUCGACAAUCAAGGUGUCUUUUUGUUGUAAGAACUGAUGGUGGCUGGAUUGAUUUUUCCUAUCAAAAGUGCCUUCGGGAGUAUAUUAGAGAUAAGUACCCAAUGCAUGCAGAAAGGUUUAUUCGAGAACAUUUUAGGCGUGGGAGGGAGUGAUUGAAUCGGUAUAUAGUGGAGUCUGUGUUUUAAUUUUGGUGUCACGGUAUGUGAUAAUAUGACUACUUUUUAGUGUCUUUAUUAUUAUUAUUCAGUUUUUUCUGCUUAUUAUUCAACUGCUUGUGCUGGGUGAUAAAUAUGACUGAAUGGUAUAUCAACCUUAUUGUUAAAGGAACAUCUAAAAUGACUGAGUGAACUUUAGUUUGUCCGUGAUGCAGAAGCUUGUGGAAGGACUUAGGUCACUGGUUGGCAAUUAGGAAUGAAAUUUUGUUGGUUGACCUCCAAUAUUGUGUGAAAUUUACUUCUGUCAUAAGUACUCCCACCUGUGAACCUGUCAUUUGUUGUUUUAAAAUACAUUAAGAAUGAUUAAAAUUAAAAUUAAGCCAUUAUAGAUAAAAUAAUAGUGUGUUGGCAGACUUGUUUGGCUUACCAUACUCAAAACAACUCAAUUGCUCAAAUGAUUUGGGCAAGAAGAAUGACAUUAAAAAACCUUACUCAUAAAGACAAGAAUGCAAGACUGCAAACACAGCCAAAUAAAAAACUCAAACAUUCCUACCUUGUCCCACUUUUUUAGGUUUCAUUUUUUCUUAUUCUUCCUUGUUUAUAUGUUUAGUGUAAGAGAGUUUAGGGUCCUUCAACAUGAAUGUCCCCAGUCUGAAAGCACAAACCCUGCAAAUUCUCAUACGAAACCCAGUAUUUCUAUUCCUUGACAAUGGAGUUAUGAAGUAAUACAUCCAUUGAGC